AUGGCGGAACCAAAGGAAGGACUUGAUCCUUUAAUCGAAGCUCUCCCUCCAGCUACAGACUAUCUGACCUACCUUACUCUUGUUGAAUACCAGCUAACUCCCGCCCGACUCCCCAUACUCCAUCAAGUGCUUCAGGAUGAGACCCUGACUAUCAAUAUCGGCUGGGACCUGGCAGUGCUAGAAGCCUACACUGAAUUCCCGUCUACAGAGACAACAGCGGCCAUAUUAGAACUUCUAAGAGAUAUAUCAGGAAAGAAGAGGCCACGUUUGCCCCCGAGAAGCGCCUCAGAGCAAGCACUUACUCGCCCGACUGGGGAUACGGCGGCGCCGGAUCCAGAGGCCGAUGAACAUGUGGAAGGGGAGUCGACCGAUGCCACAAACGAGAAGAGAUUGACUCAAAGAUUGUUGCAAUUUGGGCUUAUUGAGACCCUAAAGACGUAUCUCCUACAAUGCGUCGACGAACCUGCCCCAUCGGGUAUGCAAUGGGCUCUUCGUAUGCAGGAGAAGCUAGAUCCUCCUCGCAUACAGAGCAGAGUUGCAACAUGCAUUGAACAGUUUCAGAACACCGAACAUCUCAAAGAGAGAGAUACGACGCUGGGAAAGAUAGUUGCGCUAUCAAGGGACUUUGGGCUGGAGACACGGGAUCUGCAACAAAUAAUAUUUAAAGGAGAGAAUGAUCAUCCACCGCCGCUAGAUUUUGAAAACGUACCCAAAUCUCCCGACGACAUUCCCCUGGAGAGACAUGGCUGUAUACUUCUUCUAGCUGCGCGAUGCGUAACGGUUACCCUCUUUGGGUCCGGUGCGCGCGACUAUGACCUACUAUUGUACCCAGACAUCGUCAAUAUUCUACUAAACUUCCUUGGUGACUACGAAUCUCCUUAUACUGCAGCUGCACAGGAGCCAACCGCAUUAAUCGACUCGAUUUUGUCGCUUGCUGCGGUUGCAAAAACUAGCACAUCCGAACAAGACACCGAUGAAGAAGGGUUUAAGACUCUGGUCUAUGGGUUAACAGCCUGUGCUCGGGGUCCUACCCAGUUUAGAGCCUUCACCCGACUUGGAUCUAUUCCUGCCCGCGCGUUUCAUGCAUAUCCAGACAUACAAGUGAGAUAUAAUCUAAUUCUCGAGAUUCUUAACGAAGAAGAAUCAGAGUAUGCUAGAUUAUCGGCAUUACAGUGGCUCAAAGAGGAGCUCAUAUCCUACUCCACGACUCUAGAAGAUACUGACAGCGGCAACCCAUUCUCCGACCCCGAAAGUUUUACGUUUCUGUUUCAAUCCAUUUACAAGUUUUCGCACCCUGUACAGUCUUCGCCUCCAUCUAACGUUCCGGAGGGCAUUACACCUAGGAUAUGGAUGGAGUUUGUACAGGAGUUCGCACCGUUAUACCUUGCAAAGCUGAACUUCUAUUAUUUUCUAUGCAAGUCACCUAAACUUGCUGAGCAGCUCCAUAUUGACACCCUGCUGUCAAUAUUCGACUCCAAAUUUCUAACCCCCCUCAAAUCGUUCGUGAGCUGCUUGUCCGAAAACCCUGCCGUCUCUUCACAUAUUGAGGCGGAACUUGGUGAUGCUGCAGUGCAGAUGGGCAGAAACGCGGCGAGUGUGGUAUUACAGAUCAUUUCAGAUGUUACGGCGCUUGCAUGA